ACUGAGGAGGCAACUCUAAAUUGGAACAUUUCUGAGGAAGAAGACAGCAAGAAUAUUCAUCUUCAUGACUGUUUGGAAAAGAAGAAAUGUGGCAGAGCAAGUGGUGAAAGCAUCAGGGAAGCCAGGAGUCACAUUUGGGGCAUCUUAUUUCCGCUUGAUUUACUAAAGCACCAAAAAUGUACCAGAGAGAGAAACUUCACCAGUGCCCCCAGUGUAGAAAAGCUUUUGAUAAAAGCUCAAAACUCAUUUUACAUCAGAAAAUUCAUGCUGGAGGAAAACUUUACAAUUUCAAAGAAUGUGGGAAAGGUUUCAAUGAGAGUUCAAAACUUAGUCUACAUCAGAGGGCUGAUACUGGAGAAAAACCCUAUAAAUGCAGUGACUGUGGGAAAGCUUUUAUUACUAGCUCAAAACUGAUUUUGCAUCAGGUUAUUCACACUGGAGAGAAAUUUGACCAAUUUAGGAAUGCCUUGACUCACAGUUCAACACUUACUGUAGAUCAGAGGACUCAGACUGGAAAACAACCUCAUACAUGUAAUGAUUGUGGGAAAGCCUUCAGCAAACACUCACAGCUUCUUCAACAUCAGAGGGUUCAUAGUGGUGAGAAACCUUAUAUAUGUGAUGAAUGUGGGAAAGUCUUUAGUCACAAGUCAAGCCUUAUUGUACAUCUGAGAAAUCAUACUGGUGAGAAGCCUUAUAUAUGUGAUGAAUGUGGGAAAGCCUUCAGACAGAAUUCAGAUCUUGUUGUACACCAGAGAAUUCAUACUGGUGAGAAGCCUUAUAUAUGUAAUGAAUGUGGGAAAGCCUUCAGAUGGAAUUCAGAUCUUGUUGUACACCAGAGAAUUCAUACUGGUGAGAAGCCUUAUAUAUGUAAUGAAUGUGGAAAAGCCUUCAGGCAAAGUUCAAACUUUGUUGUACAUCAGAGAAUUCAUACUGGUGAGAAGCCUUAUAUAUGUGAUGAAUGUGGGAAAUCCUUCAGACAGAAUUCACACCUUGUUGCACAUCAGAGAAUUCAUAGUGGUGAGAAACCCUAUAAAUGUGAUCACUGUGGGAAAGCCUUCAGUAAGAAUACAAACCUUCUUAGGCACCUGAGAAUUCAUACCAGUUAGAAAGUAUGUCAAUGUAAUGACUGUGGGAAAACCUUCAGUCACCAGGCACAUCUUCUACAACAUCAGAGGGCUCAAAUUGGUGAGAAACUGUAAAAAUAUGCUGGAUAUGGGAAAGGGCUCUGUAAAGAACCAGUAUACAUUGAGCAUCAUCAGAAUCAUGCUAGAUAAAAAUAUUUUAUAUCCUCUUCAUGUGACACUUUUUAGGAGUAUAAUGCAAAUCUUUAUCAACACCAGAAAAUUUAUACUGAGAAAUUGCGCAUUGUUUAACUGCACAUCGUUUAAUUUGGCUCUCUGAUUGUUACUGAAUGUAUUUCUAGUAAACACCAUGAGAAUGGAUUUGGUUUCUUUCAUUCUGUAACUCAUUUGGAUUCAAUCAAAGAACAGAAGCCAUUUUUAAUAGUAUAUUUCACUUUCCUUCUUUCUAAUUUCUUGUAGGAUUGGUAUUCAUCUUAAUCUGUAUAUAUUUCACAUUUCUAGCUAGGUAGUGAUUUCCAUUGAAUGCCAUUUUAUCCAAAUACCAGCAUUGGAAUUUCUGUUUCCUAAUAGGGUCUGCUUUUUAGAAUAAUUGCUUGUUUGAAAACUAGAACUUUCUGUAUGGUUUCGAUUAGGGGAUUUGGAACAAUCAAAAUGUGGACUUUUUUGUUUCUCAAAACAGUCUACAUUAUAUAUUUAGGAAAUAAAAU